GUACAAACAUAUAGAUGUGAGACCAUCCUUUCUUUUGACACAGAUGACACAUCCUUCCAUUUCCAUCUGUUUGGUCUUGUGAAUUUACUUGUUUUGUAAAUAGAAAGUAAAAAGGACGAGAAAGAAGAAGGAGAGAGAAACUAGGGGGGUGCCAUAUUGAGCAGGAAGAACAAACACGCCCACAGUUCUCCCAGUCCCUCCUCGUAGAUCUUAGUGUUUCUCAAGAUUUCUCAUGUGGGUUUUCACUAAUCCGGCGGUUUAGUCAAAAUCUCGAUCUGGGGGUGUUGAAUUCUCUGUGGAUUGAUCGCGGGUAGCAUCGGAUGUUUUCGGAUUGAAUCCGUGGAUAUCGAGGCGGCAUCAGACAAUCUUAACUUUUUUUUGUGGGCAUCCUUUAGUAGUUUAAAUUAAGGAAAAUGCAAUCGGAUCUUGGAAAAUUAUUCAUUGGUGGAAUCUCUUGGGACACAGACGAAGAGCGUUUGAAGGACUAUUUUAGUGGUUAUGGGGAAGUUUUGGAAGCAGUAAUUAUGAAGGAUCGGAGCACAGGGCGUGCCCGUGGUUUUGGUUUUGUUGUCUUUGCUGACCCUGCAGUUGCAGAGAGAGUCAUUAAGGAGAAACACAUCGUUGAUGGUCGGAUGGUUGAGGCAAAGAAGGCUGUUCCAAGGGAUGAUCAGAGUACAGUGAGUAGAAGCAGUAGUAGCAUUCAGGGUUCGCCUGGUCCAGGGCGCACAAGGAAGAUUUUUGUGGGAGGUUUAGCUUCCACAGUCACAGAGACUGACUUCAAGAUGUAUUUUGAGCAGUUUGGGACCAUCACGGAUGUAGUGGUGAUGUACGAUCACAACACUCAGAGACCAAGAGGCUUUGGAUUCAUCACCUAUGAUUCGGAGGACGCUGUAGACAAAGUGUUGCUCAAAACCUUCCAUGAGCUAAACGGAAAAAUGGUUGAGGUCAAGCGUGCGGUCCCCAAAGAAAUGUCACCAGGUCCUACCCGUAGCCCACUUGGUGGAUAUAACUACGGUUUGACUAGGAAUAACUUCCUCAAUGGCUACGGUCAAGGGUACUCUCCAAGUACAGUUGGUGCCUAUGGUCUUAGAAUGGAUAGCAGAUUCAGUCCGAUCACCAGUGGUCGAAGUGGGUUUGCUCCAUUUGGUACCGGUUAUGGAAUGGGUUUGAAUUUUGAACCGGGGGUGAACCCAAAUUUUGGGGGAAGUGCGAACCUCAAUGGUGCAUUAAGCUAUGGGCCGGGGUUGAACCCCUAUUUUAUUGGUAAUUCAAAUAGAUCCGGCAAUCCAGUUGGGUAUGAUGGUGGGAACGGAGGAAACACUUCUUUUUUUAGCUCAGGGACUCGGAAUUUUUGGGAGAAUGGAGGGAUUAAUUAUGGAACAAGCUCACCACGUUCAAGCGCCUAUGCGGGUGGAAGGGGAAGCAUUGGAGGAACCUUUGCCAAUACUGGAAUUAAUUGGGGUUCUUCUCCGCUUUCACCCCAGGGCGGAGGUAAUGCUGCUAGUGGGAAUAUUGGUUAUGGGGGUGGCGAUAACAACUAUAGUUUGGCCGGGGGAGGGUAUGGAAGAAAUACUGCAACUAGUGGGCCCCUCUCAUCAUCGCAUGCUGCAACAAAUUAUGGAUAUGAUGGGGCUUUUGCAGACUUCUAUGGUGGCGGCUCGGUUUAUGGGGACCCUCCUACUUGGCGUUCAACAAACUCUGAAAGAGAGGGAUCCAGUUCUUUUGGUUAUGGGAUUGGCAAUGGAGCCUCUGAUCUUCCCGGAGAUAAUACUCCUGGUUAUAUUGGUGGUUAUAGCGUUACUAAGAGACAGACUAAUAGAGGUAUUGCUGGCUAGGAGGACAUGAGAUAUCAGUUAUUUUAGUAGGUGAAGAAAUUUGGUGUAGCUGGUGAACUGUGAAUUUUGCACACUUCCUCGUGAAUAUCUCAGUUAUAAGGUGGAAAGGAAAUUCAUUAUCUUAUCUAGAGCUAACCGGAGUGCCUGUUUUGAAGACCGAGUUUAGUGAUAGAAGUUACGUGAGAUUUUGUGUUAAGGAUUGAGUUUUGAGUUACCAUUCAGGUUUUAUUUUUUUGGGUAUUUGAGUGAGAUGUAAAAUCAGAUUGCGGCGUAUAGUCAGAAACGUAUCAUGCGUCCCUGUUGAGGCGUCGAUGCACUAAAAAGAUAGACUUUUAUUUUGGGCUUAAUUUCUAGAUUUUCUCUGUUUCCUGCUGUAAUGGUUUCUGCAAAGUUGCAGGUGUUAUCAAGUAAUCCCUUGUUUAUGUUUUUCCCGUCAUUGGGUCUUGUUUUUCCUCGGAUUGUACCAGAGGUUGACAUGUUGCGAUUUACUAGUGUGAAACAUUCAAGGGAUAUACCCGUCUAGGGUCCCCAUGAAUAAGUUGCUAAAUUCUGAUUCUUUUCCA